UCGUUUUCUUCAUUUUCUUCAAGUUAACUGCAAUCCAUGCUCUUAAACGAGCAAAACAUGCUGAUUUGACUUUAUUUUUUUUGAAUUUCUUUCCUCAUGAUGUGUUUGAACGAUUGAAUACUUCUCCAAUUUCAAUCCACUAUUUCAAGUUUUUCCAUAAUUCUUCAUGGGUCGAAGACUUCUCUUCAUCUUUUUAGUACCCCUAUUAUUGCUUUCUUCAUCUACUCGUGUUGAAUCAGGUGAAAAUGAUUUCAUAUCUUUUGGUAUUUCCGAAAAGGGUCUCGAAUUUGCUAAGGAUUUACUGAUAAACAAUGCGAUUUCAUCGUUGAUUCCUCUUCAAUUGCCCCAAAUCGAACAAAAAGUUCAAAUCCCAUUAGUUGGAACGGUUCGUAUGGUUCUAUCGGAUAUUGUUAUAUAUCAGGUUAAUGUUUCUUCUUCGAUUGUUCAACCUGGUGAGAUUGGUGUUACGAUUGUUGCUUCUGGUGCGACUGCUAAUUUGAGUUUGAAUUGGAGCUAUUCUUAUAGCACUUGGCUGUUUGAUCUUUCUGAUAGUGGAUUGGCCUCUAUUCAGGUUGAAGGUAUGGAAAUCGGGUUGACGCUGGGUUUAAAGAAUCAACAAGGAAGUCUUAGCCUGUCUCCUGAAGAUUGUGGAUGUUAUGUCCAUUAUAUCUCCAUAAAGUUAGAAGGAGGAGCAUCUUGGCUUUAUCAAGGAAUAGUUGAUUAUUUUGAAGACGACAUAGUUUCUGCAGUCGAAGAUACCAUUACCAAGAAUGUGAUGGAUGGGGUGAUGAAGCUUGACUCGAUUUCUGAAUCACUUCCAAAAGAAAUCGCUUUUGGGGAUGUUGCUACGUUAAAUAUCACCAUUACUGAGGGUCCUAUCAUGACCAAUACUUCUCUUCUUAUUGGUAUUGAUGGGUUAUUUACACAAAUUGGCUACGGAAUAACUUCUGGUCGUUACGGUAACAGUUUGUUGUCAACUGGUUCGUGUAAUAAUGCAGAGAAGAUGGUCGGGAUUUCGGUGCAUGAAAAUGUUCUUAACUCGGCAUCAGUAGUGUAUUUCAAUACAAAUAAGAUGUAUUGGAUCAUCGAAAACUUACCAGAGCAGAAGCUAUUGAACACCGCCGGAUGGAGAUUUAUAAUUCCAAAGUUGUAUAAAGAAUACCCAAAUGACGAAAUGAGCUUGAAUUUUACUAUUUUGUCACCUCCGAUCAUAGAAGUUGAAAACCAGGGUAUCGUUGCUUCGGUAUCCUCAGAUGUCAUCAUCAAUGUCGUGGAUAAUGGCGAUGUUAUUCCAGUUGCUUGCAUCUCGAUGGAGAUCAAAGCUUCGGGGUCUGCAGGUAUCUCAUUGAGCACUCUUGCUGGUGGUGUUAGCUUAAGCAAACUCACAAUGUCUCUGAAAUGGAGUAAAAUCGGCACCCUGCAUAUGGUCCUUGUUCAGUCUGUUAUGUCGGCGUUUCUGAGAAGGAUCAUCUUACCGGUCGUGAAUUUACGUCUAAAGAUAGGAUACUCUUUACCUGAUUUCCAUGGCUACGGGCUUCAGAAUGCCUCGAUUAUCUAUGGUGAUUCGAAGAUUAUUGUUUGUAGUGAUGUUGAUCGUGCAUAUGAAUACGUUUCUCACUUAAUUUUGAAGUGAACGGAUAUUGUUGUACGAUAGGUAUUAGAUAAUUUUGGAGUCUCGGUAUGUCGAUCGGGAUCAUGUAUUGAGUAGUCUUUGUAUAUUGUACUAGUAUUAGAUAUCAUGUUGUAGAUGCAAUAAUUUAGUUGUAUAUUUGUAGACCAAUAUCCAAUUAAUGCAAUAAGCCUUGAACCCUUU